AUGGCUGGCUUUGGCGUAUUAUCGAGAUCCCUGGAAAAUCCAUCACCCAAAGAUGUUAGCUGUUUGAAACGUGUUAUUUGUUACUUGAACAGCAUGAUAAACUUCAAGUUGGUGUAUAAAUUUGAUCCAACUAUCAAACAGCUAGAAUGUUAUAGUGACACAGAUUUCGCCGGCUGCCCUACUACAUCUCGAUCAACAACUGGCUUUCUGAUCAAGUAUGCUGAUGCGGCGAUUUCCUGGAUCAGCAAACAACAGCAGUUGGUAGCAGACUCCAGUUGUGAAGCCAAAUUGAUCUCCGCUAUUGAAGCAUUGAAGGAAACCAUCUGGAUUUUGAGAUUAUUUCAAGAAUUAAUCAAUCUGUCCACUGUUCCUGUGUUAUUGGUGGAUAACAAAAAUGCCAUUCGCAUAUCCAGAGGAAGUACUUCUUCAUCCAUGACCGAAUUCGAGUAA